UUUUUGUGAGGAUAAAAUGAAUAAAAUUUUAAAAAGCAUGUGUUGCCUCUACUGAAAACACACAAAUUAGUAGUUAUUAGUUAGAAUUCAUAACAAAUUGCUGUGGUUUUACCUGUGUUCAGGAUUUAAUUUCCUUUUCUACGAAUCGGUUGUAAAUUCUCAAAAUGAAUUGCGAAGAGAAUAAAGAUUUGGCUCACAGGCAGCACGUGAAGUACUUUAUGAGAUUUUUGAAUGUUUUGCCAUCGUCUUUGUCGUCACACGACACUACAAGGGUGACCAUUGCUUACUUCGCUGUUGCGGGACUCGACGUUCUCGGGGCCAUAUCCUCAAUUUCGUUGGAGCUAAGGUCUAGAAUAGUAGAAUGGAUCUACAGGCUUCAAGUGGUGCCUGAUAAAGCAACUGGAGACAUGUCAAUGUGCGGAUUCCAAGGAUCUUCAACAGUAAACAUAGAUUUGAACGCUGAUAACAAUCAUUACCGUUGCGGUCAUCUGGCUAUGACGUAUACAGGACUUUGUGUGCUAUUGUCUUUGGGAGAUGAUCUUUCUAGGUGUAAUAGGAAGGCAUUGGUUGAAGGAGUAAAAGCCCUGCAAACAGAGGACGGCAACUUCGCGGCGACACUGUCGGGUUGUGAGUCGGACAUGCGAUUCGUUUACUGUGCUGCUGCUAUCAGCUACAUCUUGAAUGAUUGGUCAGGCUUCAACAUCGAACGUGCAAAUGAUUAUAUUAUUAAAUCUAUUAGCUACGACUAUGGAAUCGCUCAGUGUCCAGAAUUAGAAUCUCAUGGAGGUACAACAUUCUGUGCUUUAGCUACGCUCAGCCUUACCAAUCAACUCGACAAACUCUCCAUAGAACAGGUAGAAGGUCUCAAGAGAUGGCUGCUGUUCAGACAAGUGGAUGGUUUCCAAGGCAGGCCUAAUAAACCUGUUGAUACCUGUUAUAGUUUCUGGGUAGGGGCCUCUUUAAAGAUCUUAGAUUCUUUGCACAUGUCAAACUAUGCCAAUAAUCGAAAGUAUGUCUUUGAAACUCAGGAUUGUGUGGUUGGAGGUUUCUCAAAGUGGCCAGAUACAUGCACAGAUCCUAUGCAUACGUACUUAGGGCUAGCAGGGUUAAGUUUAAUAGGUGAAAAUGGAUUAUCAGAAAUUGAACCAGCUCUCAAUAUAACUAAAAGAGCGUACGAGUAUGUAAAAACGUUGCACGAAACAUGGAGUACUGAAUCAUAGCGUUAACAAUUUUAUACCUCGAGGACUUAUUUGCAAAGCAACUUGAAUUAUUACAGUAAGGUAAAAAAUAAGGAAAUAUUAUAUGAACGACAUGAAAUGAAACAUGUAAUUAAAAUUUUUAGCACAGUAUAAAUGUGACAUUUGCCAUUGUCUCCAAAUAUAUUAAAUACUACUUACGAAAGUGGUCUCCCACAACUUUCUACGAUAAACAAAGGUUUUUUAUAUAUAUUUAGUGUCGGUUAUUCCGAAUUAAAAACUAAAGUCAGCAUCAAAAUGAUCUGAACCAAAUAUAUCUCCUAAAAUCACAAUUCUAUGAAAUUAAAUUUUAUAUUCAAAUUCGUUAAGACACUUCGUCGCCUUACUUUCUCAAACUCGUAUCUUAAAGCACAAAGUUACUGAAAUGCAAAAAAGGGA